AUGUCUGGGGUUGGGGGAAUGCACGGGGCAAUGGGAGACGGCUCUAAUGGUGGACACCCACAGGGCACGGAAUAUACAUUACAGGGUGUGAUGCGGUUCCUCCAGACCGAAUGGCAUCGGCACGAACGCGACCGCAAUGCAUGGGAGAUCGAACGCGCCGAGAUGAAAUCUCGCAUCGGCCGACUAGAGGGUGAAUUGCGGACAAGCAAGCGACUUCAUGAGUCCCUGGGCAAGCAUGUUCGAUUGAUGGAGUCAGCGCUGAAGAAAGAGCGGGAGAAGGUGAAGAAGCUCUCGAAUAACGAGACAAUAGAGGGCCCAACAGACCCCAAGGAGAUUGCGCGAAACAGCGUCGACUUCUUAAAAGGUGUGUACUCAUUUCUGUGCAUUACCCAUGGCGCAUUGAUUAAUGCCAUCGCAGCGCAACGUCCGUCCAGCCACGAUCCGGACGCGGGCCAGGACGACUCGGUGAGCUUUAAUGACUUUCGCCAGGAAGACGAGCGGGAUAAAUCCCGCGUCUUUCUUUCUAAGUGCGCCCAGGAAAUCGCCUAUCACGUUAUUCCUACAUCACACCCGGCCCCGAAUCUCAGCGAUCCCGAUCUCUCUAGCCACUUCUACAACCAACAACUAUCACAACAAAAUCUCGAGGAAGCAUACCUUCAGCAGCAGCAGCAGCAACAGCAGCAAAGAGCCAAUCAUGUGAUUUCGCGCGAGGUGGUUCUUCCGAAUCAUCAGUCGACAGGCGGACAAUACGGGGAAAAUGCGGUCAUGGGUCGUGCCCAGAAUCAACAUAGCCACUCGUCGGCUCCUCGUGAAGUAGCUGACAGGCGCCAGCUUGAACGGCAGCAGGUUCCAACCAGUGCUGCUGAAAAUCAAAAGCAGAUCUACGAACAGGGUCUGGUUGACGACCGCGCAGCUGGAACACAGUCUCCAUACGAUGGGCCAGGACCGUUUGUAGCUGUGCAAGAGGAUGUGCAGCCGGAAAAGAGCGCCGAAGAGAACGCAGAAGAUAUGGAUGGCUGGAAUUUUGAUGAGUCCACAGGGCAAGAACCUGCGAGCGAGCCCAUGCCGCCACAUCGACCGGACACAGAUGCAUUCCCAAAUGCCAACUUUGUUCACUCGAAGUCGCCGUCCAGGGGCGGAUCCCUCUCUCACCGACGGAAGAGUUCUGGCUCGCGAAGGAAAAGCGACGGCGCGGUGGAGUCGCGGGAUUUGAGCGCUGGAUUCGGCCAACAGGACUCUAAUUUUAAGGUUCGGUUUGCCCUUCGUGGACAUCUCGAUGUUAUUCGCUCUGUGAUUUUCACAGGUGGUGGUAGCCCUUCCGAGCCGGAGAUUUGUACAUGCAGCGACGACGGCACCAUCAAGCGGUGGAUAAUUCCAGCCACGUACGGCACGUUUGGAUCCCAGGGUCCGGGCUCAAGUAACGACUUAGACAUCACCAGCUACUUCACUCAUCGUGGCCAUGAAGGAGCCGUGACUUCUUUGGCGUCUUGUUCGCCGUCCCAAAACAUCUCAAACGGGGGCCGAGUCCUUGGCGAUGGAUGGGUCUUCUCCGGCGGACAAGAUGCCAGUGUGAGGGUAUGGGAACGUGGUCGUGUUGACCCCAAGGCUACCCUGGAUGGACACACAGAUGCUGUGUGGGGACUCUGCGUGCUUCCUGGGACGGCUGGUACUGUCUUUGGCGAUUCGUGCAGUCACUACGGCGGCGCGGACCGAAUCUUGCUGGCAUCUGGCGCAGCUGACGGCCGCAUCUUGAUAUGGGCCGUCAGUUCACCUCCUCUUGUCUCCUCCCCCCAGGCUGGGUCACGCCGCCAGGGCGGCAGCCGUCGUGCCAACUCGAUCUCGUCCGGAUCCAACUUCCCAUCCUCUCCCCAACCCAGCGUCGCUACCGCCACCCCCUUCCACUACACUCUUGUCCAUCACAUUCAGCGUAGCGACUCUCCAUCCCCCACGUGCAUCAGUCCAUUGUCCCUAGCCGGUGUCAAUUUCGUCGUCUCCUACACAGAUGCCUCCAUUCUCGUCUACGAUACACGAACAGGCGAAGAAAUCGUUGGCAUGGCUAGCCUGGAAACCUACGAUGGCACACCAUCGACCGGCGUCAACUCUGUAGUUGCUACCACCGUGGGCUUUGAUGGUUCUGCCCACUUGGAUCCCAAUCGCACCAUGGCCGAAGAGGAGGUCGUUCACGGGGCCACGGGGUCAAGUAGUGUGGAAGGUGUGAUCAUUAGUGGCUAUGAAGACCGAUACAUCCGCUUCUUCGAUGCCAACAGUGGUCAAUGUACGUACACCAUGCUAGCGCACCCGGCUGCGAUUGCCUCGCUGUCACUGUCUCCGGAUGGACGUGAACUCGUCUCGGCUGGUCAUGAUGCCAGCCUGCGCUUCUGGAACCUUGAAAAGCGUAGCUGCACUCAAGAAUUGACCAGUCACCGAUUGAUGCGCGGUGAGGGCGUCUGCGCCGUUGUCUGGAGCCGUGACGGACGUUGGGUCGUCAGCGGUGGCGGAGAUGGCGUGGUCAAGGUCUUCUCAAGAUGA